CCACACUCUAAACAACCAUAACAAACAAUCCACUUCACUCAUACUUCCGUAAAGGUAUUUUGCUUUUCCGGUUUACUCUGUGCCGUAAAUGGAUGUUGUUCAGAGACUGGGCGUGUACGAUACAGUUACUUUAGCGCAGGUAAACGAGCAAGCACGCAGCGAUGGAGGACAUCUUUCAUUGGUGUCGUGAGGGGAACGCGUUCCAAGUACGCGUCUGGCUCGACGACACCGAACAUGACAUGAAUCAGGGGGACGAUCACGGCUUCAGUCCACUUCACUGGGCUGCCAAAGAGGGCCACGCAAACAUUGUGGACAUGCUCAUUGUACGGGGCUCACGAGUGAAUGCCACCAACAUGGGAGAUGAUACAGCACUUCACCUGGCAGCUGCCCAUGGGCAUCGCGACAUUGUGCAUAUGCUGCUCAAGCGCAAAAUGGAUGUCAACGCCAUCAAUGAGCAUGGGAACACACCACUUCAUUAUGCUUGCUUCUGGGGGUACCAAGCGAUAGCAGAGGACUUGAUUGCCAGUGGAGCCUUGGUGUCCAUUGCAAACAAGUAUGGUGAAACGCCACUCGACAAAUGUAAAGGUCACAUGGGAAUUCGCUUGAGAGAAGUGGCUGAACAGGCUGGCCAGGAUUUGAAGAAAGUUUACUACAAGGACCAAAAUUGGCUUGGCACCAAAACAAGGACAAGGGAUGCAACUCUUUCAAGGCACUCAGGGAUCAACAUGGACGAGCUCAAGUUCUUCCAACAAAUUGCAUCUACCACAUCUGGAGAGACUUGGAAGGGCUCCUGGCAGGGGAAUGACAUUAUCGCCAAGAUUCUCAAGGUGGGCGAAGUGACGCCACGCAUCUCGCGAGACUUCAAUGACCAGUACCCACGCCUGCGCAUAUUCUCGCAUCCAAAUGUCCUUCCAGUCAUCGGCUGCGUCAACCGCCCUCCGCACUUAAUCGUUGUGCAGCAGUAUCUACCACAUGGUUCCCUCUUCGACAUCCUGCAUGGAUCGUCAGGGAUGGUAGUGGACCAGGCGCAGGCACUCAAGUUUGCCAUUGACGUUGCCCGCGGCAUGGCCUUCCUACACACCCUCGAGCCCAUGAUUCCAAACUAUCAGCUGAGCAGCAAGCAUGUAAUGGUGGAUGAGGAAAUGACGGCUUACGUAAACAUGGCAGACACCAAGUUUUCCUUCCAAGAACGGGGAAAGAUGUAUCAUCCUGCUUGGUAUUCACCUGAAGCCUUGCAGAAGAAACAGGAUGAGAUGAACUGGAAGGCGGCUGACAUGUGGAGCUUCGCCAUACUGCUGUGGGAGUUGGCGACCCGCCAAGUUCCUUUUGCUGACCUGUCUCCAAUGGAAAUUGGCAUGAAGGUUGCCCUAGAAGAGCUGCGAGUGACCAUUCCACCAGGAAUUUCACCACAUAUGAGUCGGCUGAUCCGUAUCUGCAUGAAUGAGGACCCGGGCAAGAGGCCUACCUUUGAGAUGAUACUACCCAUCUUAGAAAAGAUGAAGCAUUGAGCACAUUGUGUGGCUAUUCUUAGCCAGCAUUUUGACAUGGAUUACCUGUCUCGUGAAGUGCUGGAAUGCGCCGAAGCUGAAUUCUGCAUCUCUUUCAUGACGUCCUGUCUUAAGCUGCAAUGUCAUCUCAUUCAGAACUGGAUUACAAUAAGGAAGAACAUGGUGGUGUGUGCUAAACUUUGCCGCAUUGUGUCCAUGUUGCAAAUUCCUGUAAAAACAGCACUGGCUAAAAAAAAGACAAAAAUGUAAGCAAACUUGGAACAUUGCUUUCGAAUAGCUGCAAGCCAUUAGAUGAGCCUCUAAAUGUUCAGGUACUGCUAUGCAUUUCCGACUUGUCACGAAAACUUGAAAUAUUUGAUUAUUGCAACUUUCGAUGUUCUUACACUGCUCGCGUGGGGCUACAGGCAUCAAUGAGGGGAAGCGGCACAAAAACAAGAUGAAGAACACUGCAAUACAGGGUGAUGACUCACAAAUGAAUGUUUACGAAAGCCAACGCCUUGUAUUGCACCCUUCUUUCCAUUUCCAUGCCGUUUUCUCGUAAUAAUAUAAACCAACUCACCCAUAUCUCCACAAUAACUCUGAAGAGUGAUGCAAACUACAGUGCAAUUUGCAUAGGUGCUUUGAAGAAUAUUUCACCUUUAAAUGUUCACUACAAUGAAGCUUGUCUUGUGCAUAAGAUGCAGCUUGAUGCAUGUAAAGAACAUCUCGGUGAGUGCCUUUACUGCUUUUUAUUUGUGUUAGUUUGGAUAGAUUUUGUUGCCUGUUUGAUGCUGAGCAGUUAUAAACUGGUAACUCAACUACAUGUUAUCUGUGAGUGAGAACUCGUUAACCACUGUGCCUACUGAAGUCACGCCUGUGCUCUGCAACAUAUUUCAUAGCACUGUUCACUGGGCAGUCAUCUUGCAGUUUGCAUUACCUAAUGUAAAAGGUGGUGUGCACAAGUGCUAUAUGUCACACUACCGGCCACUAUUUGUUGAGGAAAAGGUUUGUGGCAGGCUGAUGGGCACCAUACGCCUUGCUUUAAGUGUGGACAAAAUUUCAUGUUUUUAUUGAACAGUACAAUUUUCAAUGUCCAUGCUUUCAAGGAAAGAGGACUGACAAUGGUGCCAAAGAUUGCAACAAUUGGCUCAAGACUCUUGUCACACCUUUUUCAGUGUCACUAUUUUAUCGCUGUUAUGUACUUGUUUUCUUGGUGAAAAUGAAAUUCUUAUCACAUUAUCUUUCUGCCAGAACUUCAUUUGCUAAGAUAUACUUGGUAAAAGUAAAAGAUCAAAACUUUGUCUCUUCUAACAUUUUUUUUCAAAAAUAUUCACUGAACUAUCACAGAGCUUUCUUUCAAGAACAUUUCACAAGAAGACUCUGGGAAAGACAUCCUGAUCUUUCAUGUUUUCCAGAGUGGCAAAGUUCUUGAUAAAGUUCUGCGAAAGAUCAAAAGAUCUUUGUGGGCUCACUUUCCUUUCACGGUAAUGUCGCCACAGAAUGAUCGAUGUUGUAAAAUCUUUUAUGUUGGUAAUGUUUGUGUUCAAGGCUAGCAAUGAAGAAAUGUUUGUCAUUGUUGCAGUAUGUCCUUAUGCUUAGAUUCUAAUCAACUAAGCCUGACUUGCUACUUCUUGCUUGUUAUGUGGUAAUAUCUGUGCGAAAAUGUGCAAAAUGCCUUGUUUAGAGUGACCCAGACAUAAUCAAUAUCUAUAGUGAUGUCUGAAUUGUUUGUUUGACAUUGUUUAGACAAGGUCAUCAUUCAUGGUUUAACUGUCAGUGGUUUUACUUUUGUGUAAUAAUGGCUCUUAUCAUUUGUAUUUUAGUUUGUAGCAAAUACUGGCAUAUUGCCUCUGAUUUAAAUGACAAAGGAGGCUGUAAACUGCAGCGCUAAAUGCUUAUCUAAUAUUUAUGUGUACAUUUCCAUCACCGAAGUUCUCAAAGUGAUGAAAUCAGAUGCAUUUAUUGUAUAAAGAAAAGUGCACUGCCAGAACUUGACCGGCACAUUUGUUAUGCAAAUAAAUUGUUGCUAUUACUCCUUGAAAUAAUAAUUAUUGUCUUUAUUUUGCA